GUUUUCCCUGGGACUUGCUCGUACCAGCACUGUGUGCUUGUGUUCCUCCGACGCCCACAGUAGAGCGUGAACGUGAAUUGAUGGAUGAAGGGUGGACAUAAGACGGAUUUCAAGAAAGUACCCCUGUUUGCCUGCUGCCAGCGAGUGAGCAGGGAGGGAGGGCUGCUGUUCGACUCCGAACCCUCCCACUGUGGGCUGUGUUUCUCUCGUGCUGCACUACGGGCUGGUUCCUAUUCAAAUGUGGGUCAGGGGUGAGGAAGCGUAACGUCAUAAGCUUGCAACAUGGCGUCCCGAAGGCUGUGAGAUGAGCAAGAGGAUGGUAAAGAACGCUUGAGAACCACCCUACCGAUGUAAGAAGCUUUAGGUGGCGUUCGUGUAGGAAGAGUGCGAGACAGAAGGAAAGACGGAAGGUGGAAAUGGAAUUGCCAAAUCAUGCCAAACAACUGCUGCUGCAACUCAACCAACAGAGAGCCAAGGGCUUUUUGUGUGAUGUCAUCAUCGUGGUGGAAAAUGCGCUCUUCCGUGCCCACAAGAACAUCCUGGCGGCGAGCAGCAUCUAUUUUAAAUCAUUGGUCCUCCAUGAUAACCUCAUUAACCUCGACACAGAGAUGGUCAAUCCAUCUGUGUUCAGGCAAGUUCUGGACUUCAUCUACACCGGUAAGCUGCUCUCGUCAUCGGACCACAGCAGUGAGCAGAAUUUUAGUGCCCUCCUAACCGCAGCCAGCUACCUCCAGCUCCACGACCUCGCUGCCUUGUGCAGAAAGAAGCUCAAGCGCAGUGGUGGGAAACCCCUGCCAGGUAAACCAUCCACUCCAGGUCCCCUCAGCCGCUUACGCCUCAAUAACCAGCGCCUUUCCUCUUCCACGCCUGCUGGGCCCAACAACCACUAUCAUCCCACCCCUUCAGACGCCGACCAGCCUCAGCCGGACGAAGGCCUUCGGGACAAGCUCUCGGAUGACGAAAUGUAUGUCGGCAGCUCUGGACGGAACAUCAACGGGGGAAAUGGCAGCAGUAAUGGUAACCUCAGCAGCGGAGGAAGUGCAGGCGAGCCUGAUCUGGGGCUAGACCUGACCAAAAAGAGCCCCCCCUCGACAGGCACGGUCACAGAUGCUCUGAGCCCCCACAGCAACUCUCAAGAAUCUCCUCAAUCUGCCUCAGUAUCCACAACCAACAGUGCCUCGCUGGAUGACUCCUCGACCACCCUCCCCAGUGCGGACAUUUGCAGCUCAGACCCCACUGACCUGAACUGCCCUUCUAAAACCGAGGACGGCCAGAAUGACGGACCCCCGCCCCAAAAAAAGUAUCGGCAAGGUGGGCGCAAGAAUGAAUGGCCCAAGAAGGAGGCAUCGGGAUUAAAGUCAGAAGAUCACGACAGGCCCCUGGUUAACGGAGUGAUUGUGGGGCCAAAAGACGGCCGGCCCGGCGUGGGCAGCGUUGGUGGCUUCAACUCCGAUCAGACUCUCCAGUGUAAAGAUGAGGAAGAGGGAGGAGAGAACGGCCAGGACCACAGCGAAGAGAGCGGUCAGAGCGACGGAGAGAGUGCAGUCGGCGGAGGAGGAACUGGCAAGGGGCAACAGAGCGCCAACUACGUGUACCGACAGGAAGGUUUUGAACCGGCGUUCGGGGACAACCUGUAUGUCUGUAUCCCCUGCGGAAAAGGCUUCCCGAGCUCAGAGCAACUGAAUGCCCACGUGGAGACACACACUGAGGAUGAGCUGUACAUCAAAGAGGAAGUGGGGACCUACGUGAAAGAGGAAGACGAAGAGGAGGCCGAGGACCUUUCCACCCCUGUGGGCCCCUCCAACUUUGGCUCCGAAGCUCGCCCCUUCAAGUGCACCGUUUGCAAUAAGAGCUACAAGGACCCGGCGACGUUGCGGCAGCACGAGAAGAGUCACUGGCUCACCCGGCCAUUCCCAUGCAACAUCUGUGGCAAAAUGUUCACCCAGAGGGGGACCAUGACACGCCACAUGCGCAGCCACCUUGGCCUCAAGCCCUUCGCCUGCGAAGAGUGCGGCAUGAGAUUCACCCGCCAGUACCGCCUGACGGAGCACAUGCGCGUGCACUCCGGGGAGAAGCCGUACGAAUGCCAGCUCUGCGGCGGCAAGUUCACCCAGCAGCGCAACCUCAUCAGUCACCUGAGAAUGCACACCUCGCCCUCCUAGAAACGCAUCAAGCCAAAGAACUCUGGGAAAAGUCAAAACAGACACUCGCUCUGCAAAGAAACGCACAUGUACACGUUCUACACAGUUCUAUUACAUUCGGUUUACGACGCCCUGGCCCAGUGAGCAUUUUCGCCACACUAUGGGCGAUGGUGGUGAUAUUGUCAGGAUCGUGUCACCAUCAGGUUUAAGUGGCAUACGCUCACCUCUCAGGAGUUCUAGAGGGACAGUUUACUUUUUUUUCACUUCUUUCUCUCAGACUAAAGUCACAAAGUCGUGGCGUCAUAGCUUUGAGACUUGUGGUCUUUCCAGGCCUAUAAAUGUGAAUGUGGGUACCAAUGUAAUGUCCAGCCCGCGUCACCUCACACCCCCUUAACACGAAAAAGGCUUUCCUCCUAACUUUUUAAAGCUUUUUGCUGGUUGGCCACCGAACAAUAACACAAGAGUCCCUUCUGCUCUCCAGCACCAUUCUGACCAAAAAGAUUCAAAGAGCCCAUUGAUACCAUUACAGGCAAUAAUUUAGCAAAAAGUGUUUUUACUCUUAACAGCUUUAUAGCCUUUUUAUUUUAAGCGACGGGGCAUCUGGAUGUACAAUGAGGGGGUGGCUGGGUUUGGGGCUGUGUCCAUGCUUUAACUGAUAAAAAGUUCCAGGCGUGAUCACGUAGGGUAAAGUUUUAGUUUAACAGAGGACAAGUACGCUGAAAAGUUCUCUUCAUGGCCGUUGACAGUAAUGGACGUCACUGUUUUUCCCACUGGUCUGUUAGUACAUCAGCCAACCAAACCCAGUUGGGAAAGAGACCCCCCCCCCUCUUAAGGUACUUGUUUUACUUAAAGAACUUAUAAUGUUUCAGUGAAUGUUUAAACUGGAUGAUCUUGGAGUUUUCUUGUGAUGGGGGAGGGAUUCAGGUUGUUUUUCAAGGGGCUACUAAAAGGGUGUUUUAGACUGAACAAAGGUUCAGUGGGUACGUUUAUUUUGUCUGUAUAGCUUUCCUCCCCUUGAGAAAAAAAAAAAAAAGUCUAUUUAUAUGGACUUGUGACCUCGCUACCUCUGAUUACUCUUACAAGCGCUAUAUGUUGAUUAGUUCAAAGUUCCUAUGUAAUUAAUUGUAAAAAGUGUGUAGAUUAUCUUCACCUAAUGCUUUAACCUGCCCAUCUCUCAACACAGGUUUUUAACUCUCAUAGACCUCUCUUUUAUACUCUCCUUAGCCAGUGCAUCUAUUCCAAAUAUGAUAUAGCUUUCCUGGCGCCUCCCGCUCAUGGUAAGCCGCCUCAAAAUGUACUGUAGCAUCUUUCUGAAGGCAGGUAAUGGUUAGUUGGUCUGGAUGUAAUGUGUUCCAAAGAGCUUGCGAAUGUGGAGGACAGAGAUGACUAACAAACAUUGCUAGACAAGUGCAAACCAAAGCUUUAAAAAAAGAUGUACUUAAGAUAUAUAGCAUACUAAAUUAUUUCACUUUUGAUUUUCCUUUGUUUCUACUCCCCCCUGUAUAAUGAAAAUUUAUGAAUUAUAUUGUAAGUCCAUAUAAAGAACACUCUUUUGAUGGAGUUUGGGCCAAUGACUCUUGAGACUGAGGAAGGUUGUCGUGGUUUGCAAAGGAAAGCUUGUGCUGAUUGGUGGGCCGGUGAACUUAACCACCUUUAUUUUUGUUGUUGUUGUUGAUGAUGUUCAUUUAUGUCCAGAGUUCUUAUCACUUUAUAUUCCCAAAUUUUAAAAACAGGGCUUGACAUGUUCUGUUUAGACCAAAAAAAAGUGAAAAAAGAAAAGAAAAAAAAAUCUAGGAUUUAUAAUCAGACAUUUUAAUGUGAAGUUCGAGUUGCUUGUUAGUUUCUUUUUGAGCCAGACUUGUGAAAACUUGUAACAAGAAGGGAGAAGCAGCGAUGCACUGGACAGCUACUCAUCCGUCUCCUGCAAAGAUCCUUUUUUUGUCGUCUCUUCAUUGUGUUCGACUGUGUCGUAGUGCUUUUAAGUUAUUUUAACCUCCCAAUGCUUUACCUCACAAGUGAGUAUAUGCUUGAAAUUGCGUUGUCGUCAUUGGCGCCACUCUUGUCACUAAAAAGCCUGUCUAGUGUAUCCACUCUUAACACACUGUGGACCUUCAGUACAAGGAUAUUUCGUAUAGGCAUUCCUUUUUUUUUUUUUUUUUUUUUAACUCGAUUGUUUAGGGAGGGAUUAAUUUCUUUGUUGUUCUCAUGAUCUGUGAAUCUAUGGCAUAGGGAUGUCGCCACAGUUACAAAGUUCGCCACUACACCCUGGAUUUCCGCAUUAGUUACGACUCGGUCAUGUCGGCUGUGGAGCGGUUGUCAGUUGGCAAAUAAUUGCAUGUUUGGUACAUGUUUCUUCCCCGCUCUUGUAAACCACAAACAUGCAUCCAUCCUCUGGCAUAAGAUGGAGUCCACGAUGCAUUGCCUUCUUGUGGAGUGCAGCUCAAUGUCUGUCAUGCAAUGGAUGUUUUUUUUGUACGAGAUAUCCAGCCAUUGCUGCUGCUGCUGCAAAAAAAAGAAAACUUUGUAGCUGCAUUUGAAUGCUUGCUCGUCGGACAUUGAGAAACUCCAAACUGUGACCAUAGUACUACUACUACUACUACUACUAUUACUACUAGAACUACUACUAGAACUACUACUAUACAAAUACUUCAGGGAUGGUUCUGCAUCUGGGAAUGCAGGCUCUCAGCUACAUUUGUAAGACAUAGUAUUGUAUCAAUUUCUCUGUAUUUUAAUGAUGGGGGGACAAAGCAAAACACUAGUU